UGGCUAUUUUAGCGUGACCGCGACCUCUCCGACAACGACCAAACUAAAAACCACGUUCAGCCUUCGCUCUCUCUUUCUCUCGAUUUAUGAAAGGCAGUGCAACGUUCAAAACAAGGAGUUCCCAGUUCAUGCUAGCAUACUAACUAUAGAAUAUUAGUGAAGCAAGGCACCAUGAAGCUCUAUGCUACGUGUGUUCUAUUAUCCAUAGUGAUGUGCCAUUGUUCUAGUUUUAAAGUGUCCAUGAUGGCGAUGUUUGGCCAAAGCCAUUUCCUCGUGAUGAACAAGUUGGCAGUUGAACUAGCCGAGCGCGGUCAUAAGGUAUCAGUCCUGGUCGGAGAAGACGCAGAUUAUGCGAUUGGUAAACCAAAUGUCAAGGUCUUCCCUUUGUCGGAGGAACUCCUCAAAAUGAACACAAACUCCAUCAAGUCCAUGACAGACUCGAAAACACAGACGUCAUUCCAUCAACAAGUCAAGGAUCUUGUCAGCUUCCAGGAAGGUUAUUGUGAUCACUUUUUCCAGAGUCCCGAGAUGGUGGAAGAGAUCCGCACGUCCAACGUAGUUAUUGGCGACGCUACGUACCUCUGCUCAAAUCUUGCCGCAAAUAAGUUCAACCUCCCCCUUAUUCAACUCAACCCAACCCCGCUAACCACUCCAACAAUGAUGGUCUUUGGAAUUAUUAACAAUCCAGCUUAUGUUCCUCAAAUUUCGACAGCACUUUCAAGAUACAUGGGGCUGUUUGAUAGAUUCAAGAACUUGGGUUUCUAUCUCGGGAGUUGUGCUAUGUUGGAGUGGUUUUUGUAUCCAUCAUAUAAACUUGUCAAGGAGAAGCAUGGUAUUUGCCCAGAGAAGACCAUCAGGGAGGUUUUAUCAACAGUUGAUUUGGUCAUUAUACCACGUGACUUCAUUCUUGGACAUCCACAGCCCAUACCGCCAUACGUAAAAGAAGUGGGUUACUUCUUGCCCAGUCCCCCAAAGCCAUUACCAACCGAGCUAGAGACGUUCAUGCAGAGCUCCGGUGAAGAGGGUGUAAUCUUGGUGUCGUUUGGGUCCAUGGUUAGCGCUUUGGAUGAAGACAUAAUGGUGAUGCUGAUGAAGGUCUUCGCUCGAUUUCCACAGAAAUUCCUUGUAAAGCUUGACGAAGAGAAACUCCCAGAAGGGUCCAUCCCGUCAAACGUGCGAACAGUCAAAUGGCUUCCACAGAAUGACUUACUUGGCCACAGCAAGACUAAGCUGUUCAUCACACACGCGGGAGCCAAUGGGCUUGCGGAGUCUGCAUAUCAUGGUGUACCAAUGAUCUGCGUGCCACUCUUUGGGGAUCAGAAUCAAAACGCGCAGGUUGCUAAGGAUGUUGGGAUUGCUGAAGUGGUUAUGCUGUCGGAUAUUACCGCUGACCAAUUGUUCAGUGUUAUGCAGGCUGUUUUGAAAGGAAAAAGGUAUCACGAAAACUCCGCCCGAGUCUCCAGAGUUAUGAGAAAACGGCCGCGUGCGCCUGUGGUGGAAGCCGCUGACCUCGUGGAGUACGUGCAGGCUCUAGGCCACAUGGGUCACCUGAGGCCCCAUGGUUUCUCUUUGCCAUUCUAUCAGCUUUACAUGCUAGAUGUGCUCGCGGUGCUUGUAAUGGCCCUUUUGAUUCUUAUCGCUUUGGUUCUGUCUCUAGUUAACGCUGUUGUGAAGAUGUGUAAGAACGAUUCGAGUGAAACGAAAAAGAAUAAAUGAGCCGAAGGCCUCGUUCAGUAAUUCACGAUACGGACCGACCCCUUAGCUGGGAAAUAACAUAUUUAUUUAUUGUUCCUCAAUAGAAUUUCCAACUUUGGUUGCACGAGGCGAGGGUUCGCUUUUGACUUUCGUCGAUUUUCGUGAAGAGUUUGUUCGCUCAUGAUCAUUCAAUAAACUCCAGUUGGUAUUUCCA